CGUUGUUGUUGUUGUCUGCUUGCCUGUAGGAUGCAGAUAAUGUGUAGAUUGGCUAGUGGGAAGUUUCAAAAUCCAAGCUGAAGUCAUGUCGUGCGCAGACAGAAUGGUAGUUGCGUUGCGUUAGCACACUCAAGAGGCUUUAGCUGUCAAAUGUCCUGUUAUUCGGUCAUUAGCUUGCUUGCUAGCUGGCAUUCGGAUAUUAAAUCAACUCGUGUCGUUUAUUAUCAUUAAACUGUCUCAGAAUGAGUUCUUUCGCGGGUCGAAUGAAGGAAUACUCAACGAUUUCCCUAGAUCGUUUUGACAGGGAGAAUUUGCAUGCCAGAGCUUAUUUUUUGUCUCAUUGCCAUAAAGACCACAUGAAAGGACUAAAAGGGCCCUUGUUGAAAAGAAAACUUAAGUUCAGUUUAACAGUCAAGCUCUACUGUUCGUUCGUUACCAAAGAACUCUUACUGAGCAAUCCGAAAUAUGGCUUCUGGGAAGGGCACAUGGUAGCCCUUGAGCUUGACAGUCCAACCCACAUAUCGCUGAUUGACGAAACAACUGGAGAGUUAGAAGAUGUUGUCGUCACUUUGCUUACGGCGGGACACUGCCCAGGAUCAGUUAUGUUUCUGUUUGAGGGGGGGCAAGGAACAGUGCUGUACACGGGAGACUUCAGACUGGCCUCAGGCGACGCCGCUAGAAUGGAGUUCCUGCACUCCGGGAACAGGGUCAAAGACAUACAAAGUGUCUAUGUGGACUCUACAUUCUUUGACCCAAGGUUCUGUCAGAUACCCAGCAGAGAAGCUUGUCUGAAUGGAAUAAAGGAACUGGUGCGAGACUGGCUCAUUCGGAGCCCGUACCAUGUGGUGUGGUUUAACUGCAAGGCAGCCUAUGGGUACGAGUACCUCUUCACCAACCUGAGUCAGGAGUUUGGCUGUCAGAUCCAUGUGAAGAGCCUAGACAUGUUCCAGAAGAUGCCCGAGAUCUUGAGUCACGUGACCACAGACCGAGCGACACAGAUCCAUGCAUGCAGGCAUCCGAAGGAUGAGGAGUUUUUCCGGGCGAACAGGCUGCCGUGUGGCUGCAUGGCCAAAGAUGGGAAGCCUCUGCGUAUCAUCAGCAUUAAGCCCUCCACCAUGUGGUUUGGAGAGAGGACCAGGAAAACCAAUGUCGUUGUCAGAAUGGGGGAAAGUUCGUACAGAGCCUGUUUCUCUUUCCACUCCUCCUACUCAGAGAUCAAAGACUUCCUGUCCUAUAUCUGUCCAGUGAACGUCUAUCCAAAUGUCAUCCCCAUGGGACGCACCCUUGAGGAGGUUACAGAGCUACUGAAGCCACUGGGCCGAGAACAUUCUGGAAGGGCUGAAAUUGUCUACAAGCCUCUUGGUCUCCUGAAAAGAGCGAGAGAGGAGUGCACUUCAGAAGUAUCAGACAGUGAUGAUGAACUGUUCGAUGAGGUUGCUGUGGAGCCCCAGAGGAAGAAGUUGCUGACCAGCGAGAAAGCGGAGCCUCAGCGCUGUGAGACGCCAGCUUCCCCUGUUGCCCUGAAGGACUUCCUGCCCGAGUCACGUCCCUCAGUCCACACAGCCAAUUACGCGGACUGCACAGAAUCUAAUGAUGACGACGAUGAUGAUGAAGACGAAGGAGGUGAUGGUAAUGAUACGGGUGAAAAGGUUGUCCAGACCCCCAAACAGGAUGCGGCAAACAGUCCGUCAUCUGGUGAUGCCUGCACCACCUCCAACCCACCUCAGUGGGACGCCUUCUUUAAACCCGGAUCCCUGCCCACGGACGAGAGCUCCGAGCCGGACAACAGCCAGACCAGCCUGGCCCGCUCCAGCGAGUACACCUGCUCGCAGUCUCCGGUGCUGAUCACCGAGGACGAGUGUGACUUGGACGACUUCCACCUGUCGUCCUCGCAGUCCACCCACAUCUCCGAUAACGGGGUGGAGAACUACACCGAGAUGGACACCGUCCUCUUACACCCUGAGACCACGAGGGCUGAGUGCCAAGAUAGUCAAGGUGAAGCGACAACCAAUGCAGAGUCAGGGGGCGGAGCUCAGUCACUUCCAGAGGCAAAGGAUGCUGUAAAUGACAGUCGUAACAGCCAAUCCAAUACAGCAGAGAACACAGAGCCAAGAUCUGAUUCGCAGGAGUCGUCUGACUUUGAGCUGCCGCCCACCCCUGGCUCCACGGUGCCACUGCCGGAGGAACUGAAGAAGCUGUACCAGAAACUGGCCGCAGGCGAGGAGCUUUUCCUCAGGAGAGGCAGCAAGGGCUCAGUCUGAGGCCCAAACCAGGCCUCCCACACCCCACCCUGACCCCAGAGUACCCCACUCACACAGGAUAUGCUAUAAACAUACAAACUACAAUUAUUAUCAUUGUUCAGAACUGAUGAAAUUUGCUGUUUCCUCUGAACGAUCAGCACUCAUCCACAUGACCCAGUCUGAGGGAUGUGUUGUGGCGUCUGAGCUGUUCCUCAGGGGAGGCAGAAAGGGCUCAAACCAGGCCCUGGAAAACCCUUCACCACAAACAGAGUUUUCUUGUUUCAGUUUGGUACUCAUUUUCCCCCAGGGGAACAAUUUCAGAAAAAAAAGAAUAUAGGACAUAUUCCCAACACCAACCCUCUGCCCACAUGUUAUAUACUGCAAACAUACAAACUACGUAUUGCCGUGGUUCCUAACUGAUUACAUUUGCUAUAUCUUCUGAUCAGCAGUAUGCCACUGUUAGUUCAAAUGAAGUGCACUUGGGAUUGCCCCUGUCAAAUUGUACUACACAUUCUUACCUGCUGACAAGUUUAGGGCCUUUUACAUUCCUGUUCUCAGUGACCGUAAGAGCUCAGUCGGAGUCCCAGCCUAGGCUGUGGAAAACCUCCCACAAUUAUUGGUGGUACUUUUAGAAAUAAUUUUUGGAAAACCAAAAUGGCACACAUCCCCAAGACAACUACUGCCCUCACCCUUUCCCACAAUCAUUUGAUAUGCUAUAAACAUUCAACUUGCAUAGUUAUGGUCAUUGUCCAAUAUUAUGAAAUGUUUUUUUUUUUGGUUUGUUUUUCAAAACUGAUGACAUUUGUUGUUUUUUUCUAAAUGAUCAGUAUGCCCAAGUGUCACUAGAAGUUCAAAUGAAGUGUUAUUUUGGAUUGCCCUUGUUAAACAGUAGUAUAUAUAUUGGUGGCUAGUUUAGGGUCUUCGACAUUCCUAUUCUCUUGCACUUUGACUUUACUACUACCUCCUGAAGCAGCUGUCACCACAUUGCCUGUAUGCCUUCUCAUAUCUGGGACCAACUAGUUGUUUCGAAAUUGCACCGUUGAGUUUUUGUUUAUAUUUGACUUUAUGUGCAAUAAAAAAUUAAAGUUGGCUGCA